AUGUUAUGUCAUCUAUGCCGGGUUCUCUUAUGCAAGAACUUCGACCUUCAAAUGUUGCAACCUCCAAUUUUUUCCAGGAACCACCAGUUGGCCUUCAUCAUGUCCGCAGAGAAGAAACGUCUCAGAGAUCGUCGGUCGCAACAGACGCUUCGUGAUAAAAAAUUGAAGUAUACGACCAAGCUUGAAGAGCAGCUGGCUCAUUGUGAGCAGAACCAUGCCGACCACGCCGUUAAGCGACUUCUCCAGGUGAUAACCGGACUUCGCACAGAGAACGAACUACUCCGACAGCGCCAGAGAGGUUUAAAAUCUCUAGUCGACUCCUGGGAUGAGGGGUUGAACCCAGAAACGCCAGGAUAUGCAUGGCACAACUGGCCAUCUCUCCGCAAAGACACAUACACCAAUGAAACCGCAUUCUCGCUGGAAACAGGAUCCAAUGACCCAACAUCAUUAAAUGGGCCGAUGACCUCAAGUGCAGGAGUUGAUCCUAUCAUUGAAUCGACUUCCGCCUCAUCGAUGAGAUCUCCUGUCCAAAUACAUCCAUCAUUGGCGUUUCCCUUGGCAGAUACUACGCCCCUAUGGUGUCAAAUUCCACCUCAUAGCGAUGAUUACAGUGAUAUAUCCAAAGUUAUCUCAUGUCCCUGGUUUUCCUACCCAGAAAAAGUGACACCAUGUCCAGAUACUCCCAGCUCACCAUUGGACAUCCUAUACGGCACAAAAACAAAUUAUCUCGCCGACAUGAUUCAUAUAACCUUGCAGCGGCGACCAAUUCGAGACCCGGAGCGGUUAGCCCUUGGUCUUCUGAUGUACCACCUCUCAAGAUGGUUUCUAAGUCCUAGCCCAGCGACAUAUGACCGUCUUGCCUUGUUUCAAAGGCCUGUUCAGGGUCAGAUGGAAUCUCCACACCCUCUCGUGUUGGACUUUUUGCCCUGGCCUAGAAUGAGAUUGAACCUUAUUCGUCACUGGCAUGUCUAUUCUGAUAAUCGGGACGACUUGUUCGGCAUGUUUGCCUGUUGCGUGAAAAUUCGCUGGCCUUGGGGGGAGGAUAUACUCGAAAGAGAUGACCAAAACGAGUUACGCAUCAAAAAGAACUUUUGCGAAACAUUCAUGAAGCUGGAAGGAUGGGGGCUCACUCCAGAAUUCACCGCAAAGUAUCCCGAUCUGGUGGAGGGGAUGGAUCUUCGCGAAAUUACUUUUGAGCUUAUAUAA